UUUGGAUUUCCAAACUUUUUUCGUCCUCGUUGUGUCCGUAACGCUUUUUAUGACUUUCUAAUCUAUCUUGCCGGAAAAAUUUCAUAUUGCAAACGUUACAAAGGAAUUUUUUCCCACUGUGACUCAGUAAAUGGUUCUGAAGUAAUUUAUCCGUAGGAUAACAUUUAUUGCAGUAUUUACAACGAUGAAGCGCCGCAUUAUCGAAAGUGUCAAUUUUUGCGUCGAUAUUGGCAUUUAACAUAUGACAAUUAGGAUCUCUGUAUUCAGAGCUUAAUGUAUAUUUCUUAAUCACGUCCGAUGCUCUACUUUCACUAUUUACAUAACCAUCCUUUUGCUCUUUUCUACUAUCAUUAAUUUCAGUAAUUGUUUCUUCACUAAUAUUUUCUAAUUUUCUUUUGUCCCUAAUUUCUUUCAAGAUAGAAAGAACUUCUUUUGGAUUGGCCCUUUUGUGGACAUUUAAAUGUCUGACCAUAGUAUCAGUUUUCUUAAAACUCUUAUUACAUAUGCUACAUAAUACUGGUUUAACUUUUUCCUUAGCUUUGUGCAAUUUAUUAUGCUUCAUCAAAUCAUUAAGUUGCAAAAAUUGUUUAUUACAUUUAUCACAUGUAAAUUUCUUUUCAUCGUGAGUUGCUAUAUGUCUAUCUAGGGAUUUCUUACUGGAGUAACACCUAGAACAUUUCAGGCAAGCAUAAGAAUUUUUAGAGACUGUGUCCCUAAUAUUUUCUGUAUGAUCAUUUUCUAUGAUAUCUCGCUUUGCAUUCUUUUUUAUGUACUGUCUUUGUCUCUCUUUAUGGUUUCUUAAGUUCUCCAUAGAAGUUACUCUUUUGAACAUAGUUGUCCUUCUCGUUCUAUAAGCUUCCCUUCCAGUAGUGUUCUUCUCACAUACAGCUGCAAUCCGUUUAAUACAACUAUUAUUUAGGUGGCUAUUGAUAUCAUCGUAUUCUAUACAAUUAGAUUCAUUAAUUGUUUUAUGAUCUUUCUCACAAUCCCCGAUUGAAGGUGCAUUCUGAUCAAUUACAGAAAGUAUAUUUGCCUCUAUUUUAACAAAACCAGAAUUAAAAGUAUAGUCCGUUUGACAGUACUGAUCCUAAUAAAAAGAGAGAGGUUUUACAACUGUAUAAUAUCAAUUUCUAUAUAUUCAUAUUUAAAUACUUACCUUGGUCACCUUCAAUCUAGUGUUAUUAUAAAAUGUUUUCAACUUUCCAUAUAGCUCCCUUAACUGUGCAUCUGAUCGCUGACAUUGUUUUCUUAAUUUGUAUGCUUCAUUCACUUUAACCACACAUUCUAUACAGAUAGUGGCAGGUAAACCAUCAUUCUCCAUCAUCUAUUCAAGACAAACCUUUAUCAAUAAAGUGAUAAGGGGAGGUCAAAAGAAGAAGAGAAAAGGUUGAAUAUUAAACUGACCUCCACACCACUACAUAAACGAAAUUUAUCAGACAAGUCGUACGUGUCCGUACCAUCUGAAUCAUUUCUAGCAGCUCCGAAAAUAUAUUGGUUAUUGUGAUUCGCUGUAAGACAAAUACGGCAAAGACCGUGAGUAUCAUCAGAGGCGUGUAAGCUUCCAAUGACCGUGAUCUUUCAUUGUUGUUAUCGUUGCCAACAGUUGUAGGACGAAAGAGUAAUAAUUUUAAUGAGAAAUCGAAAUCGAGGAGAGGAGAAAACGAGUAGAGACAGCGGUGAUCUGUUUACGAUGGUUAUCCGUGACACAAGCAGACACCGUGCGACAGCAAUCACUGUGGCAACUUUUUGAGCUGGCUCAUGUGAUAAAUAUAUCGUUUGAAAACCGUAGUGGACAUUGUCAAAUUUAAACGGUCGCAUAAAUGGAGGAUUUACCGCGAAAGAAGAUUCGAGGGAAUGGCACUGGCAAAUCGGACACCGCGGGCAGCGGCAAAGUUGACGAGAAACAGACGAACGGACCCUUAACCUACGACAUUUUAAGAAUUGUAUUUAAAGAAUUGAAUGGAGUGGAAUUGUCAAGGGCCUCAAUGGUUUGCAGAUCCUGGUUAGAGGCGGCAAAUGACGAAAUACGAACUAGAGGCCCUACCUAUUUCAUACAGGAUUGUAAACUUUUACCCAAUCAGAAAUGGAGCAUGGAACGUUUUAAAGCGCAAAGCGUUAAAAAAUUACAAAUAAAGCCUGCUCUAGGAUUAUUUUUUACAGCACCUUCUGUACCAUUUAGCCAAUCAGACUGCCAUUGUAAGGUACUUCCCCCGAAUUGUGAUACUGUGACAUUGGGCACCCAUGGAGUUGUCUUUAAUAAUAAAGAAAUCGAGGGAAACCUAGAAAAUAUUGUAUGCGCAUUUUUACCAAAGAUACCGGAUGUGACGAUUAAAACAUUUGUAAUUGGGGAUAAUUCUACAACGAAGAAUGAUUUGUCGGUGUCUGUUGAGAACUACAGUGAAGAGAUUAAAAAGGUUUUAACCACGUCGGAAAAGGAUUCUAGUAGAUCUAAAUGUUUGUUACUGUUCUGUGACUUGAGAGGUCGUAAUUUGGCAAUAAAACUAGCAAAUUCUUUGAAGAAAUGUUAUCCAAUGGAUGAACUUUCCGUAUGGGGUGGAAUAGCUAAAGAUGUCUUAGUUUGCAAUGCAAAGGACAGCAAGAACGACAGAUGCGGAGAAUUUGCAUUUUGCGUUGGAAUUACUCUGACUGGAGCAAUCGAUUCUUGGUCAAUGAUCGUCGGGAAAAAUUAUAAAACUAAAGAAUGCGUGGAGCAACGGAUAAAAUCAUUUAGGAGCCGUGUCCGUUUAAAAAAGCAUUCCAUGGGAUUUAUGUUCGCAUGCUGUGCACGCGGGGAAUAUAUGUUCGACGAGUGCAAUGUGGAAUCGACUAUAUUCAAAAAAUAUUUUCCAGAAGUUCCGUUAGUUGGAUGUUUUGGCGAUGGUGAAUUUGGAAGAAACUCAUUACCGAAUGAAUCAUCCAACAAAAAGGCCAAAUGGUAUAACGUGACAUCCACUAUCUUUUUAAUAAUCACGUAUGGAUGAGCUUCGCAUAUCGAUGUGAAUUACUCUCUACUAACACGUUUGUACAGGGGACAUUAGAAUAAAGUCAUUAAGCUCGAAACGUAUAUAGGGUACGUUACAUCGCUAGACGGAAUAAGUCAGCAAUCUCGACGUGUAUCGGUAAAA